UAGUAACCGAAAUUCAUUGUCGAUCGAACAGACCUACGUAGAGCUAUAUAAUUUCCGUCAAUUGGCAACGUUACACAAAUUCCAUUGAUCUAAAGGCCAAUAAUAAAUAAAUAAGUUUGAGCAUCAUGAAUCUGGUGUGGGGUCACAAGGGACCGUACUUUCAUGCGCCAUGCCAGCGGGAUCGCUUCCCCAGUCUGCUGGACGAGAUGGGCGAGGAUGGGGACAAGCUGGUUGCCCACUUAGGCAUCUCGAACAUGUCGGACAUGGGCGCCCGCCUGAAGAGGGGUCGCAAGCCGACAGCCGUUGCCGAGCAACGUGCAGCCGAUUGCGUUAAGGAGCAGUGUGUGCCGCUGCACAAGAUGUUCUGCACUUCGGCGCAGGGCCUGCGCCGUGGCGUCGAUAAGUACGCCCAGAUACCCAAGUACGAUCCCUAUGUGGAUGAGGAGGAUCAGCGUGAGCUGGCUCAGCGCUAUCGCAAGCUACUGAAUCGCCCAAGCCCCACACCUGCCCAGCGCCAGGUGGGCGAGCCGCCCUACACCGGCCUUUGCCAGCACUGCCGCCGCCGGGGCAGCAACGAUGUGGCCAACGACUUUCAGGGCCGACUCUACCUGCAGCAGGCCUAUCUGCUGGGCCAAAUCAAUCUCAUGGUCUUGGACGGCCAUCAACCGCCGCAGUUGCAGCAGCAGCAACAGCAACAGCAACAGCACCAGAAUAACGAGGGUCUCCACAAUAUGCAUCACAAUCGGUACCAUGGCUAACGUCCUAUAUUAUUUUAUUUAUGCAUUAAAGUUCAACAUCUGCUUUCAAU